AUGGAGUUGUCACCCAGAAGUCUCCACAGUGAAUUAAUGUGCCCAAUUUGUUUGGAUAUGUUGAAGAACACCAUGACUACAAAGGAGUGUUUACAUCAAUUCUGUGCAGAUUGCAUUAUCACAGCCCUUAGAAGUGGCAACAAAGAAUGCCCUACCUGUAGGAAAAAAUUAGUUUCUAAAAGAUCACUAAGGCCGGACCCAAACUUUGAUGCACUCGUCAGCAAUUAUCCAAGUCGUGAUGAGUACGAAGCCCAUCAAGAGAGAGUGUUAGCCAGGAUCAACAAGCACAACAACCAGCAGGCGCUCAGCCACAGCAUUGAGGAAGGCCUGAAGAUCCAGGCCAUGAACAGGUUACAGCGAGGCAAGAAGCAGCAGAUUGAAAACGGCAGCGGGGCGGAGGACAACGGGGACAGUUCCCACUGUAGCAACGCAUCCACACACAGCAACCAGGAGGCGGGGCCUAGCAACAAGCGGACCAAAACCUCGGACGACUCCGGCCUUGAACUUGAUAAUAACAAUGCAACGGUGGCAAUUGAUCCAGUGAUGGAUGGAGCUAGUGAAAUUGAAUUAGUGUUCAGGCCCCAUCCAACACUUAUGGAAAAGGAUGACAGUGCACAGACAAGAUACAUAAAGACUUCAGGUAAUGCUACUGUUGAUCACUUAUCCAAGUAUCUGGCUGUGAGGUUAGCUUUAGAAGAACUUCGAAGCAAAGGAGAAUCCAACCAGAUGAACCUCGAUACAGCCAGCGAGAAGCAAUACACCAUCUACAUAGCGACAGCCAGUGGCCAGUUCACUGUAUUAAAUGGCUCUUUUUCUUUGGAAUUGGUCAGUGAGAAAUACUGGAAAGUGAACAAGCCCAUGGAACUUUAUUACGCACCCACCAAGGAGCACAAAUGAGCUUUGAAAAAUCAUUUCUGAGACUGAACUUUUUAUAACCUAUUUCUUUAAUGCUAAAGAUGCACCAUCAUUACUUUCAUGGACAGAUCUGGGA